AUGCUUACCUUUUUUUUCUCUCGCUCUCUCUCUCUCUCUCUCACUCUCCAAUUAAGUAAUUCUGUUUUUUUCUUUUCUUUUUUUUUUAUUCAUUUUCUUUCAUCUGAAACUUCCUUCUACACAUCACUCCUUUUCUUCUUCUUCUUCUUCCCUGGUUUCCUUCUUUUCUGUACCUUGAUUUUUUUCCUUCCUUCCUUCCUUCUUUCUCUCUUUGUUCCUGUAUUUUUGUUUGUUUUUCUUUCUUCUCCAACUAUUUCUUCUUGCACUCUCCUUCUUCCUUGCAUGUUUUCUUUCCUCUUCUUCAUCAUCUUUUUAACUUCAUUUCAGUCUCUGUACUUCUCUCUUCUUUUUUCUUUCUCGUCCUUCUCUCUCUUUUCUUUUAUUCUUAAACAAUUCUUUCCAUCUCUCUUUUCAUGUUCUUCUUACUCUAAUCUCCUCUUUCCUUUAACUCUACUCCCUUUUCUUUGUUUCUUCUUUUUCAUUCUUAUUUGCCUAAAUCUUUAUCCUUCUUCUCUUCAACCUAUUUACACUUUUUUGUUCUUUUUACCCUAUCCUUUCAUUCCACCAUAUCUUCCCAUUUUCCUUUCCUUUUAA